AUGGCAUCCUCAAAUGAACCUUUCUACAUCAGAUACUACUCGGGACAUCAAGGUCGAUUUGGUCACGAAUUCCUUGAAUUCGAUUUCCGAGUACUAGGAGAAGGAAAGGGAGCGACUGCGAGAUAUGCGAACAACUCAAACUACCGCAAUGAUUCUUUGAUCCGCAAAGAGAUGUGUGUCAGCUCUCUUUUGGUGGAUGAGAUCAAGCGCAUUAUCAAGACCAGUGAGAUCAUGAAGGAAGACGACGGCAAAUGGCCAAAGAAGAACAAGGAUGGACGCCAGGAAUUGGAGAUCAAGAUAGGCAGUGAGCACAUAUCAUUCGAGACUGCUAAGAUCGGAUCCCUUGUCGACGUUACCGAAUCUCAAGACCCGGAAGGCCUCCGUGUGUUCUACUAUCUCGUUCAGGAUCUCAAGGCACUGGUUUUCUCGUUGAUAGCUUUGCAUUUCAAGAUCAAGCCUAUUUGA